AUUUUCAGAAAUAUUUUCGAAUUGCGAUAUGAUAACGCUCAAGGCUCGAGUGUGGGGGGGCUUAAAUUUUGAGGUAUUUUUUUGCCGAUUUUCUUUAAAUAUCGCGGUGGAAAAUGGUAUCCUGUUGUUCAGCACUUGGUUGUAAGGAAAGAGCUACGAGAGGCAGUACUGUAACAUUUCACAGGUUCCCGAGAAACCCAGACUCACGUGAAAAGUGGAUUAGAGCCAUGAAAAGGAAGAAUUUCGAACCAACCAAAAACUCUAGACUUUGUGAGAAACAUUUCACUCCGGAGUGUUACAUUGAAUUUCCUCGAAGAAAAAGAUUAAGGGAAAACGCAGUUCCUGUCAAGUUUGAUUUUCCCGCAUUCGUGGAGAAUGUCCAGCCAGAGCAGAUUCGUUCGAUACAAUUUGUUGACGUUGAUGCCGUGAAGAACAAUUCUGUUCCUAGCCUUUCGAAUAGUCGAACUGUGAUCGUAAUUGACAAUGUGAUUCGAGCAAGACGUGCAGAAGCCCCAUCAUCUUCCUGCAGUUCAGUCAGUAAUUCCAGUCUCCAGAAUGUGAAGAAUGUGAUUCUAGUAAGGCGUGUUGAAACCCCAUCUUCCAGCAGUUCAGUCAAUGACCCCAGUCUACAGAAUGUCAACAUUUCUUUUCCUGUAAUCAAGUCGUGCUAUUCUCUGAGCAAUUCUGUUCCUGUAGUUUCCAAAAUACCGAUUGCUCCAGCUCCACGUGUGCCCAAUUUGAUUUCGGAUGAUUGUACGCAAAAAAGACUGAUUAAUAAAACGCACCAACUAAAAAGGAAAUAUAAAGAACGUUUACGAGUUAUGGAUAACGUAUCGAAACAACUGAGAAAAAGAAAAUCAUUUUUAGAGAAUCUACUCAUCAGAAUCAAAGAAAAACAAUUGACUAGCGAUGAUGAUGUUACUGAUUUAAUGGAUUGCUUUGUAGCGGAAGAAGAAGAAGAAGAAGAUUCAUGCGACAGUGAUGAAGACAGUUUAGCGAAUGCUGACGAAUUUGAAAAAACCAUCGCUUUCAUCGACAGCAAAAUAUCUAAAUUUGAAAAGGCAGUAAAUGACAAAAAUAAAAACAUUUUACCGAGAGAAACUGCUGAAUGUGAAACGUUUGGAUUGAAAGUUGAAUCCACGCUGAAUAGUAUGCCAGAAGAAAAUGCUUCGAAUGCUAGAAAUCAAAUCUUAGAGGUGCUGAAAAAAUACAAAGGAAAAGUACUAGUCAAAAUGUACGAAGAAUUUAAAGAAACAUUUUCAGGUCUCGAAAAUGUAGAAAUCAACGAGGACUAAUAAUUUUCAAUUAACAAGCAGGAUUCGUGAGUCGUAACCCACGUGUAAUAUUACGUUUCGAAAUUAUAAACGUUACAAAACUUUAUAUUUGUUAAAAUUACAUUUUUACAAUACGAGUAAAA